CCUAAAAUAAAUUUGAGAAUAAAAUGCGAAUAACUGCUAUAACGUAAAUUUAUAAAGCGUCAUGAAAUAUUAAAAAAUAAAAUUUACCUUUAUAAUUUAUCAGAUUAUUUUAAAAUAGUUCCAAGGUAUUUUAUUAAGUUCGUGUCGUGACCGAUUUCUUGCUUUGUUAUGAAUUAUGAUGAAUGAAGAAUGGCGGACGUUGUCAUUGUAGGAUAUUUAUUCACAUUUUUAUUAAUAAGUGCUUGUUAUGCUGGCCUUGCAGGUCUUGAUAAUUUGGAGAAAGAUGGCCUUUUCCCAAGCACACAAACACAAGCCGACCACCUUAUUCAAGAUGAUCCAAUUGAUAAUAAGAUGAUGGUUCACCAUCCAAGGUACAAAUGUCACCAAUGUGAGUCGCCAGAGUGUGACAAUGAGUCACAAACAUGUGACCUAGCAUUAUACUGCUUUAAGUCAACUGUGCGCACCUCUGAUGGGGAGUUGAGGUACUCCAGGGGGUGCUUCCAGAGGGUCGAUCACUAUCAGUUCACAUGCCAUAGCAAUCAGCCAUCGUCUGGCGUCCGCAAGCGGCAUGCUGGCCAGCUGAACGUGACAUGCUGUGCGGGUGACAUGUGCAACAGCGGCGCGUUCCCCUCGCUGGCGGCGGGCGCGCGCGGUGCUGCGGGCGGCGCCGGCGCGCUGUGGGCGGGGGGGCUCGCCGCCGCGCUGCUGCUGGCCGCGCUGGCCGCGCUGGCCGUGCUGCUGCUGCGCCGCACGCACAGAUUGCGGGUACUACAAGCAGCUCAGAAAUUGGGCAUGGAUUCCAAUUAUUUCACAAAUAAUUUGUACAGUCCACCAGUAGCAAGCGCUUUCUAUGAAGGCAUAGACGGUUCCCAGAAUGCAGUCCGAGCUGUAGCAGCCGGAGACUCCACACUCCGGGAGUAUCUCGAAACGUCCAUGAGCAGCGGCUCAGGGUCCGGUCUGCCGCUCAUGGUGCAGCGGACCCUGGCGAAGCAGGUCACGCUGAUUGAGAGGAUCGGGAAGGGUCGGUACGGUGAAGUAUGGCGAGGCGCUUGGUGCGCGGACAGCGUGGCCGUGAAGAUAUUCUUCUCGCGAGAUGAAGCCAGUUGGCGGCGUGAGACCGAAGUGUACAGCACAGUGUUACUGCGACACGAGAACAUACUCGCGUACGUGGGCAGUGACAUGACCAGCCGGAACAGCUGCACGCAGUUAUGGCUGAUCACGCACUUCCAUCCACUCGGUUCACUGUACGAGCAUUUAGCUCGAACUACCCUCACGAGGCAUCAAAUGAUGGUCAUCUGUCUGUCUAUUGUGAAUGGAUUAUUGCAUCUGCACACUGAUAUACAUGGGACACAGGGAAAACCAGCAAUAGCGCACCGCGAUAUAAAAUCCAAGAACAUCCUAAUGAAGGUGAACGGUGAAUGUUGUAUAGCGGACCUAGGGUUGGCUGUCACAAGGCAACAUGUAGCGGAGGGGCUGAUACAUAACCCCAGACAGGGCACCAAGAGAUACAUGAGCCCGGAGAUGUUGGAUCAGAGCAUGAACAUGUCGUGCUUCGAAUCGUACCGCAAGUGCGACAUCUACGCGCUCGGGCUCGUGGUGUGGGAGGUGGCGUGCCGUGCGAGCCCCGCGCGCGAGCCCCUGCCGCCGUACCACGAGCUGGCCCCGCACGACCCCAGCUUCGAGCUCAUGCGCAAGGUCGUGUGCGUGGACGGCGCCCGCCCCGAGCCGCCCCGCCAAACGCACCCGACGAUGGUCGGCCUAGCGAAUCUAAUGCGGGAAUGUUGGCACCAAAACCCGUCGGUGCGACUGCCGGCGCUCAGGAUAAAGAAGACCCUGUUGAAAUUAGCUGCUAAUGAUAAUUCCAUCAGGUUGAAUGAAGAUAAUGAAGUCUCUGUAUAGAUUACUAGCUGUGCCUCGCGGUUUUACUCGCAUUGCUCCGCUCCUAUUGGUCUUAGUGUGAUGAUAUAAAGCCUUCCUCGAUAAAUGGGCUAUCUAACAC